AUGGCAAAUUAUAUCAAAUUUGAUUCGGGCGAUGAAAAUCCGUUAACUCAGCUGGGAGUUGUCUCCAAAGUUAAGGAAUCUCAUUUCAGGUAUCCUUGUCCAAGCUCAUCAUGUCAAGAAUCAUUUUGUAAUUAUGAAUGUUAUCGUUUGGCUAAGAACCUUUAUCAUGAUGAACUUUGUG